CUGUGCUAAAAGCGAGAGGUGACAUCAAGUGAUCAGUUAGCCUGCGAGCAAGGCACACGCCUGGGGAGAGUUUGGUCUAACUGUAGGUUCCCUUAGGCAACAGGAACACAGCAACUUGCCUUUUUGCCUCAGCAAUGGCAGAAGCUGUUAUAAGACACUGGGUGGAAACUCCUGUACGCUAUCAAGAGCAGUUUGCUGCCGAGGAGCUGGAAGAACACAAACUGAAUCACUCUCUUUAUGCUUUGCCGGGACCUUUCACAGCUACACUGAGCAGAAGAGGGCAAAUUACAGAAAGUACAGAUGGGGCUGAGGCAAGUGGCCAAGAAGAAAAAAAGACGGGCUUUCAGGUCUUGCUGGAUGUUGUGCAGUUUCGCCCAGAAGAUAUCAUUAUUCAGACUUUUGAAGGCUGGCUCCUGAUCAAAGCUCAGCAUGGACCCAGGAUGGAUGAGCACGGCUUCAUAUCCAGAAGCUUUACCAGACAGUACAAACUGCCCGAUGGAGUGGAGAACAAAGAUUUGUCUGCGCUAUUCUGCCAUGAUGGCAUUUUGGUUGUUGAAAUGAAGAACUCGAUGGGAAUUAAUUAGUCUUGACAAUUGGUGAGAUAAAUUUAUUCUUAAUAUCACAAAUGGUAUUAUUCAAGCAAUGCUGUGGAGUGUAGAAAGCAUGUGGCUGCAUUAAUAUUACAGAAAAGGAGAAUAAUCGUAUAUAUUUUUCAGUAUGCUGAAUUUGUUGUUUGAUGUGAAAUGUUAGACUACUUGUCCCCAGCUAAGUAUAUGCUGAAUAGCCAGAUUUUUUGAGCUGUAGAAAAGUUAGGCUAAUCACAGUAUGAGAAAAAAAAAAAAAGAUAUAUUUGAUAAUACUGAAAAUAAAGCAUACUUAAGGGUUCAUUUAAGGAUUUGUAUUUCUAAGCAGUAACUGUAAUAUGCAAUCAUAAUCAUUAAAGAAGCAAUGAACAGGUUGUGAGUUUUAUACCAAAAAUGUGUUUUAUAGUUUUUUUAGAUUAGUUUUCUCCUGCAAAAGCACAUAAAAUAAACUAUUAAAAAAAAAAAAAUCACUGUUCAAAUUUAUAAACAAAUUAUCUAUGAGAGAGUACGUUUUACAUGUGUUACAUAUUUGAAAGUAUACAAAAACAAAAUAAACACUGACUACCUUUGUUUGAAAAUGCAGUAAGUAGAAGCAAUAUUUUCUGUCAAAGACGAAGGAAAUACUGUAAAAGAUUUGGGAAACUGUUUUUGUUUAACACAUUGAGAUAUCUGUUAGCAACUAAAGAAAAAAAUAUACUGCUUAUAUAAAUCAAAAGGACCAAGCCAUUAUUUGUGAAUCCCUGCUAAUAAAAACACACAACUGGAGUA